GGGAAGCGGGAUGUAUUAUAUGUAGCCAAAAUAAUCUAUUUUUACACAAGACUGAUUUGUCCGGCUACAACCAGUAGAGUAGGUUGGUAAAGGUGGGUAGGUUAGAAUAUUAGCUGGAAUGCCGCUUCUUGUGCAAAGGAAAACAAGUGUGGUUAAAUUAAAGCUUGUGAAUAGUGCAUUUUCAACAUGUGCUAAGUUUGUGGUGUAUGAGUUAGGAGUAUUCGACUCCGUGUAGCUACAGUUGGUCUCGAAGCUUUAUUGUUUCAAAAAAUGUUUUUUACUUUAGUCAGUCUUCCUUGGCGUGUUUUCCCCAUUUAUUAGUUUUCCUUUCAGAAACAGUUCAGCGCUUUUGAUUCAGUUUCUACGGCUCAAUUGUUUCUACUUUUGUCGAACGAAAUUUGUUAUGCAGAAAAACGCCUGGUGACUUGCGUAACCAAUGUGAUAAAAUCGUGUUGCGUGCGUGAAACAAGUUUUGAGAUCGCAGAUAACGUUGAAAGAGACAAAUUGCCCAAAUUUUAGCGCUGAGGUGUUUUUUCUAUCUAUGUUAUUACAAAAAGAAUAUUUAGAAAAUUCCGGCACUUGAUAUACAUAAGCCAUUUUGGUACAUUACUUUGAUACAUUGAAAUGACGGCGAUAACUUGGACACGACGUAAAACUGAUUAUGGAGGCUUUGGCUGCGGAGCUCUUAAGAGACCCCAUUUAAAUCACUUUGAAAUUAACGACACAAAAAUAUUGUUUUUCGUGAUAUCGGAGAAACUACUGAUACUGUCGACCCUCGUCGCAUUUUUAAAAAUGUUUUGUCUACAAAACAAAGUGCUCGACUCCAAUAUGGCGGCCAUCUUAGUUUGAAUAGCAAUGCGAAUGGAAGCGGGAGAUUGCGGUUUUGCUCUCAUUCUCUUGAGAAGAACUGUUUAGAGCGUGUGGGUUUUGAUAACGAUAAACCGCAAUGACGUUUGCGCUGUUCAAUUUUCCCCUUUUUUUUUCUGCGCGCAUUAUGACAUUUUUCUUCACAUGGGAACGUAGGCAAUUGGUGUGAGUUAAUGACUGUUAUCCAUCUGUACUCUCCUUCAUGGAAGAUUUUUUCAGAGCUUUUGCUGUCUAUUUUUUCGUGCGAUUAAGUUUGCCUUCUAUUCUUAUUUCUCGAUCUUCUUGUUUUACACCAAGCAAUCGCCAAGUGUCUCAAAACAACAACAACAACAAAAAAAAAAAAAUGGGAAAUUGAUGGUAUAAUAUAUUCGAAAUUCUUUAAAAGUAUCAUAAUUUCAAGGUGUUUUUCCAAUUUUGUUAUGCUAUAAAACUCUUAGUGAUCAAAUUUUAUUUUUACUACAACAUGAUCUUCGUUGUAUUGAAGGCAGUGGAUGUGGUAGUCUGGUACAUAAGGUGUGAUAAUUCUCAUUACUUUCUCGGGCAGCUACAGCUAUUAGCGAGAAUUUCCGAUGGAUUUUUACACAAAUCGGCUUUUACAUCUAGUAGCUGGAGAAAGUUUUUGUUUUGUGAUAGUAAACCUUUCAUAUGGUAUUGAAAAAAAGAGGAAUUAAAUUGGAAUACGUAGCGAUUAUUCAGGUUAAUUUUGUAGAUCUUUAGGAAGAGUGAGCUAUUGGUAGAAGUGCUUUCUGAUUACAAGCGCUAAGCUUUGAUCAUUUCAUAAAUACUUUUAUUCAGUCUUCAGAUAGCUUAGUGCUUUGAAUGUUAGAAACAGUGAAAGUAACUCUUUAAUGCCCGUGGAAUUAGUUGGCUCAAUUUACGCUCAAAUCGUUUCGCGAGUUAAUGCAAAAUCUAUUAACACUAGUUUCAGUUUCUUUUUUUCUUUUUGCGUAGCUAAUGAAAGUUAUUUACCUUUCGGUGCCGCCAAAGCGAAAAUAACCAGCGUGUCGAAAAGGUUAUUCAUUGGUAAUUUUAACAACCCAAUGGUUAAAUUGGAUACAUUGUAAAUUCUUCGUGGGAAAUAAUGCAACUAUUCAUGAAUCUCCGAAUCAACAAAACAUUUGUAAACAUUAGAGGCGUGUGUCUCACUAUCAUUAGUUAACUUUGUAUGUUUCUGUAUGCCAAUAAAUUCAGGGCUGGAAUUUCUUUUUUAGCGUCAAAUGAUGCCUACGAUCGAUUUUGUGGUCACAAAAAGUGUCGAGCGACAUGAUGCUCGGCAAGUCUUGUCAAUAAUUUUCUUGUUUUAUUUUCGCUUAUAACAACGAUUUUUUUUUUCACCCUUAUACAUAUGAUAAAUUUGCAUGUAGUAAUAUCAAAAUCUAUCGACUCUUAACAAGCAUGUUUUAACGCAGUAGUUAAUGCCCUGGUUAUGAGACUUGUGAUUCCAGAGGAAAGCUUAAGUGUUACAUGCCUUAUGAAGACAGCGAUUCGGAUUGCAUUCAUGAAGUUCAUGCCAUUUUUUUUUCACAAACUAUUUGGCGAUAUGGAAAUUCGCAGUUUGUUGGCAGCUGUUGUUAUGUUUAGUUAUCACAUUGCCCCGAAGGCAUAAGAUAAGCGAUUUAGUGCUCUUGUAAUAAAUAAAUGUUAGUUCGUUGUUUCAAACUGUGCACCCUAUUUUCAAUUCCGAAGGGGCAAAACAAAAACGGUUCUACGAUUUCAAAAUAAAAAUAGUCUGCAACAAGACUUCCUAACAACAGAGUUUUUUCAUUUCCAUAUUUAUUUAGUUUCGUUUAGUGAUAGUAUUGGCCAUUAUAGACACGAAAGAUAGAUUUUCGAAUUCUUUUCUCCUUGCUGAAUCGCGAGGUUGUUUUAUUUUUUGGUUAACGAACGUUAAUAGGAGCGAUUUGCAAUCUGAAGGGAAACGUAGACAAAGCAUUCUUAUCUCGAGUCUCCAGCGAUAGGACUUUUGUGAUCAUGGUUUUUGAUUACGAUUGUUUGUUCAAAGGUUUUUGCCAUCAUUAAACUUUAAUAUGUGCACCAGAAUUUACAGCUUAAAAGUUGGUUCUUAUUGAAGUUGGGAGUUCAAGCUACAGGAUAUUUACCUUGCAAAGUAAUUUCGAUUAAAAAAUGUCUUCCAAAUUAGCUGAAAAGCGUCGAAUUGAGAUAAUUGUAAUGAAAAAAACCCAUCUGGUGCUCGCUUUCUCGAAGUAAUUUAUGGCUGUUUGCGGAGGUGUAUAGCUAGUAUACAUUUAGUGUUUGCCAAUUGAAAUCUUUCGCGGAGAAUUUCCCUUUCGGUUCGGUUUUGAUCUCCACAGUGCGUCGUGAUGUUUAUGUGGAAAAAGGCAAUUUUCUUUAAGGAUGUAAUGAUACAGCCAGCACUUGGGUAAAAGGUUAAGCAAUUUUACGUUAUAAUGUACUCCGUAAUUCUUUAACACCGCCCACUCUCAAUCUAUAACUCCAUUAUUUUUUCGAUAUUAACACUUGCUUCAGUUUCGCUCGGCUCAUCAUAGGAGCAAAAAAAACUAAUUAGUAACCUUUCGAUUCCGUAUUACCAUUAAAAUCUACAUACACCUAAGGACUUUCUGCGCGACGUUUUCGGUAUUAUAUUGCUCGAGGCUCGAGUUAUGUGUUUUAGAAAGUGUUUUCAGUUUUGAAACAAAAAAAAGGACGAAUUUGCUAUUUCCGGGUCAUCUUGAGCGUCGCAGGUGCAUUAGUUGUUCUACAACAAUAAAGAAUUCCAUUUCUUCGGCCGCUUUGGCAAUGUGCAAACACAACUUGUACACGAGAAAGAAAAAAAUUUGCAUGAUAAUAGAUUAUCUGGAGCAAAUGGGGCUAGCGUUCCAAACAAUACGUUUUUCUCGUUUAAGUAAUAUUCUGGUUUUCGCCCUCUUAGAUUCUUCGUGUUUUUGUGGAUGGUUUGUUUUUAUGGAAGUGCUGUAAAUUGUAUUGCGGUGGUGACUCCGAAUGAAGUUCUUAAUGCGCUUAAUGACGAGUUAUUCUAAGACUGUUUUGACUUUCGAUUAAAGUGUUUUAGUUUUUAUACGUGUAAAACAUUAUCAUAUUUUUAUGUUUUAUACUUAUAUUUUUAUCAUAUAUUUUUUUGGUGAGCCCGGAAUCUUUCUCCAAGACAGAACAAUGCUUGGGAAACACGUUACAAUACUUCUUGGAUGAGAACGGUUUAAAGUUUAGAACUUCAACGAACGACGGUUUUUAUUUGAAAUUGUCAGACAAGUUGUGAUUGCCUGUGUUCUCUUGUAAAAAAUCUAAGUGUUGUUGAAAUUCUGUCGCAGUGAACAAUAGCUCAUGUUAAUUUAGUUUGCGUGGGAGGGAAAGACACGUCACUCAAGCGACAAGCGCGCGCAUUACCAAUAAGCGAAUAUACAAAUGGAAUGAAGCUCUGUAGAAGCCAUAAAACAGCCAUCACCAAGCACUUCACUAUAUCGCUAUUUCAAACAAGAUGCUGACACGAAUGCGCGUUUCUUGAGAGCAGGCGAAGCAUCUGAAAUCUUCUCGCUGAAGACUGAUGGCAGAGAAAUUUACUCUCGGUUGGCAGCGGAACUCCAUGGCGCCAAGAAACGAUGAGUAAAAAACUGUCAGACUGUCAGCAAAAAAGAGGAAUUAUCCAACCGGUCUUUGGCUGUGUUUUUCAGCCGGAUAAACGAGGGAUUGCUUAAAUAAGUGGCCUUUAGAGAAGAUGUCAAAGACCGGCAAUCAAAUCACAUGGAAAGACCAGCUUAUAGGCGCGAUUGUGGUCAUCUUAUUUGUUAUAACUCUAGUCUUAAACUUCUUGGCACUUCAUUAUACCUAUGUCAAAGUUCGCAAGCCUUCGCUGAAGAAAAUCCCGCAUCUUUUGGUGGGCGCUCUGUCUUUGGCAGGGCUUGGAAUUGCCUGUUUUCAGUAUAUACCAUUCAUCUCGUCUCGGUUCGCGGGUGAGUGGUCGCGCGACAUUGGCGCGUGUCACUUCGUCGCGUUCGGCGUUCUGUUUUUCGGCACGUUAACCAUCUCUCUGGUGGUAAUGAUGAGCUUAGAGCGACUUGGCGCAAUCGUCUUUCCUUUCUACUACAAGGAGAGCGUCACUUUUCACAAGUGUGUGGUGUUGCUAGUCGUCUUGGUUCUGUACUCCUUUUUACUCGCCAUUUUACCGACGGCGCUCAACAGAGUCGAGCUGAACGUCUCCACCGGCGUGUGCAGCUACGCGGUCGAGUCUCACAACACGGAUACCAAGGCGGUGGUGUAUGUGAUGUCGACGCAUUACGUGCUGUCAGUGCUAGUAAUGGUGCUAUCUAACAUCACCGUGGUCUACACGCUGCAUGUCUUGGAGAAAAAAUCUCUCUCCGAUGUUUAUGAUCAAGAUAGCAGACCCGAGAAAGGGACACGCGCGAAAAGCUCUGGUACCUCUGCCUGCGUGAGUUUCGCCAAGAUGGUGGCGCUGAUGGCCGUUUGCUAUUCAAUUUGUUGGACUACAAUAUUGAUGCGAAUCGUUAUCCUAUACGCUUAUAACUGGCAUAACAAGUACUUCGACCAAGUGGUGCUGGUGCUGACCACGUUGGAUCCUCUUAUAAAUCACUGCGUCUGUCUAUGGACUAUGAGAAAAUACCGCGAUGGCUACGCAUCCUCGCUGGGCAAGGUCUUCUCUUGCUUCAAGCCUUCGGAGGAAGGGAUGUUUCGUUCCGCCAUCACUCGGAUCAGCUCUAUAUCCAGGCGUUCUUUUAGUCGCUCGUCUUCUUCGGCUAGGUCAUCCUCCAUGCGAACAUCAAGAAGAAAAUCUUCCGCCGCACAUACGUACAAACAAGUGGCUCAGAAUAACCCAGAUGUGCCGGGACCCAUGCCGGCACCAGUUCGUGCGGAGAUCCAGUCCGACCCCAAGGAGCUUGUAGAACAGGGCCACUCAGACGAUCCUUAACGAUGGCCGGCCCAUCAUGCUAGAGGUGCUACAAUGAUAAUAGUGACCUUCCUCAGGACCACGGGGACUACUUCGAUAUUUACAACGAAGUUCAGACGAUCGAGGCGCCAGGAAUCAGAUUAAGAAUGUCUAUAUCACCAAGCUUCAUUUGAUUACGACCUUGCAAUUUUCAUCAGUUGAUGUACUUGCCCAUAUAUUUAAAAUGUAGAAUGAAGUUGAGGUAAAAUACUUAUCCCAACUAAAAGCUGAUUUGCCCAAAAACAUCGAGGGAAGUUCUGCCAACCUUUCACGAUGCGCUACGGUAUCCGUUAACAUGUUAAAAUUUCAAACACGAAAAAACAAAUACUUAGAAACGUUUUGAGGGCGUAUAAUAGAAGGGGCCUCCCUAGAAAAAGCUAACGCUCACAAUACUUUUAAAGUUGUCCUCUCAGAACUAUUCCAAACAAAAAUGAAGGUGAUAUCGAACUUGACCAUAGGCUGUUGUAAUGUUUGGGGUGGUUUAAUUUUCUCUCGACUGUGGUAAAACCAAAACCCAACAGAACAUAUUUGGAUAAUCACAACAACACGGGAAAAACACGAUGAACCAAUCAGACCUCAAAGAAAAAGCUUCCAACGGGUGCCAAGCGCGAGAAAAGAGCCAUUAGUGCAGCGCGCGGGAAAACAGCCAACCGGUGCCAAGCGCGGGAGAGCUUUCAGCAGAACUGAAUUUGAUUCUGCUUCUGAUUGGUUG